UCUCCUUUUCGCUAAUCUACAUCGCAUCGAUUUAAAAAUCUCCAAACGACAGAGUUAUUUCAGUUCUAUUAGAAUAAUUUAAUGACUUAAGAGGCAUUCUCCUGCAUAGGCGGAAUAUUUUAUAAAAUUUAUGACCAACCCUUCCAAACUUACUUGGAUGAGAGGAAGAAAAUUGUUUUAUGGAUUUUGUCCUGACUGCUCACUCAACAUGGCAGCUGUACCGCAAGGAGCCUUUGCCGCCAAGAAAGUGAGGAAAAAUGAGGAGAAGCGCAAGGAAUUUCACUAUACUACAGAAUUAAAUCCGAUGAACUAUAGCAGCAAAUACAUGAACAGCAUUUGGGGUCAAUACAAUCGCUACUCUGUACAUAAUUUGAAGAAAAUCAUGGAUGAUGGUGUGUUUGCUAUGAGUGUCGGCAAAGGAAAAAGAUCUACCGCUGCCACUCAGCCUGUAGAAAAGCCAGCUAUUUCUACAGACCUCGGACCUGUUGGUUCGGCUAUUUCCUUUUCUUCAAAUAAAAUUUAUAACUAGUUAAUUUGUGAGGCUGUGAGUUCAUGUAACUGAUUUAUACGUUUUUUUUUUUUUUUUCAAUAAAUAGGUAUAAUAAUCAUCUAUGUUAUUGGACGCUAUUUUUCUUAUUUUAAUAGAAUAUUAAUCAGA